AGCAAGAAUGAGUGAGGAAUAAGAGUACCAAGCACAACACCUUUUGUCCUACCCCCAACCGUUUCUCCGAUUCCUCUCACUCUUUCGCAAUCACUCCCAACACUCGCUCUUUCUUGCCCUCUCUCUCGCUCUCCCUCACUCUCCAGCACUCUCACUCUCCCUCACUCUCCAGCACUCUCACUCAAAGCUAGAGGAAGGUUCUUGCUCUCCCUCACUCUCUAACACUCUCAACAGAGGAAGAAGCUUCCACCAUGAAAGAUCUUGCGACAUUUUCCAAGAUUCGCAAGUCUCGCUAUGACGUUCGGGAUUACCGAAUCGUGAACCUCCACAACGGCCUUGAAGCACUCCUCGUGCACGAUCCUCGAAUUUCUAUUAAAGAAAUCGAAGGAGAGGGAAGCACUAUACUGUCUGCCGCAGCUAUGUGUGUAGGCGCAGGAAACAUUCAUGCCCCUACCGAGGUGCAAGGGGUGGCACACAUGUUAGAGCACAUGCUCGUCAUGGGGAGUAAAAAAUUCCCUGGAACAAAUGAGUUUGAUAGGUAUAUUGAUGAGCAUGGUGGUUCUUCAAAUGAAGUCACCGAUGUUGAAUAUACCUGCUACUAUUUCGAGGUGGAUCCAAAGUUUUUGAAGGGUGCAUUGAAAAGAUUUUCUCAAUGCUUUAUUUCACCUCUUGUCUAAGAGGAAACCUUAGAGCAGGAACUAAUUGCACUCGAUGAAGGGAACAAAAAUAGUCUGAUGGAAGAAAUGGACGACUAUACUCAUCUCCGCACGAAAGUUUUGGAAUUUCACGAAAAAUACUAUUACGGAGCUAAAAUGAAAUUUGUUAUUAUUGGAGGAGAGUCUCUUGACGUGCUGCAGGAUUGGGUUGUAACACUAUUCGAUUCUGUAAAAAUGGGUUCCAGGAGGUUACAGAAAAGAACAAAAAAAGCUUGGAAGCCAUUUCGGAUUGCUCGUUUACAAAGAAAAAAGAUAAACCACUUGCUUCCCAAAAAAUCUUCCAUUUGGAGGUGUGGAAAACUAUACUGAGUGGAAUCUUCAGA